UUGCGUUAACCAUAGUGCUUUGUUUGUUUGUGUAUUGUUUUUAUUAUCACCUGUUCCCGCUCGCUCAAUUGUGCAAAGUAUUUAGAAUUGAAAAGCAUUUGAAAUGGAUGCAAAUGAUGAAAGUUGUGAACCUUCCAGUAAAAGACGUAAAAUAGAACAUUCUGAAACAACUACAGUGGAGGAUCAAACUGAGAUUGAUCACAUUAACCGGCUUCCAUAUGAGAUUUUUUGUAGAAUAUUCAAAAUGCUUUACUUCAAAGAACAGCUACAGUGCAGUCUGGUGUGCCUGCGGUGGCAUGCGAUUUUACGCUCCGACCCAUUCAUAAACCAAAUACAGUUCAACUUCAGCCAUUGCUUCGGAUUGCCAAUGAGGAUAAAUCGUCAGCUGUAUAUGGAAAGUUGUGUACACUGUAUAUUUCACGAUUGUGGUUCAUAUCCCGAUCUUGAGGAUCAAAAGAAAAUUAUGGACAUGGUACGGCAGGCACAAUGUGCCGAAGACGAACCCGGACCAUCGACCCGGCUAACCGGUGGAUUAACCUCAGAACAGUACCUUUUCUCCGGCAAGCUACCGUUAAAGACGCUAGAGAUAAGGGCAACGUUCGAUCGAAUGCGUCGCUUUCUAGGAGAUCGGUUACAGGCAAUGAAAAAUCUUCAAGAACUUCGAUUAACCGUUUUACCCGAAGCACUGGAAGAUGUACCGGCGGAAGAAGCCCCGUAUUGGAACAUCGCACACGAUACUCUCCCUGUGCUGGUAUGGGAACUGUACGCAAACACCAACGGGUACGAACUCAAGCUUCCCGCACUCGAAAAGUUUCGGCUCGAAAUAGCAAACGAUUGCGAUCUGAAAUCCAUUAUGAACCACAGCACGCAACUGGUCGAGCUUACGGUGUGGUUUUACUUCGAACGUGCGAUGGAACAGACGCUUACCUUGCCGUUUCCGAAGCUGAAAAAGCUAACCGUGAAACGUUUCGACGGCAAACUCAAUUCACCCGAUCCGAACACGCGUGUUGACGAUAUGUCGGCGGAACGAUUCGUUCGAAACGCUCCACUGCUGGAGGAUAUUUACUUCGAUUCGAACACCGUUACAUUCCGACUAUUUCGUGCCAUUUGUCUGUUCGGUGCUAAUAUGCUGCGAAGGCUCACGGUACGUGAUGUCAUCUUUCCGCGCGAUUUGUUUCUGUACAUUCUAGAGCUGAAGAACCUGGAAUUUUUAAGGCUCAAAAACUGCAUCCUGGAGGAAGGAAGCCGUCUGCGAAUGGUGGACUUUCCACGGUUGCAACAUCUGGAACUACUCGCUAGUGGGACCUGCUUCCGGCUCGAUGUUAGCUUUGCUCACAUACGACGCUUCAAAUACAGCAUGGAUUCACAGCUUUCCCGACUAUGCCGUAAUAUGAUAAUGCUGGAAGAUUUGGAAAUUAAGCUACGCACCAUGGCACCGGUCGCCGAACACAUCCGGGAACACUUUCACUCAAUUGCGCUGCUUGCGAACCUGCGUACGUUGCGCAUCAAUGGCAUGCGAACGAAUAUCCGCCCGUGGGCUUUCUGCAAACCGAUGCCAGCGGUUGAACGUUUAAUUUUGCGCAAGUGUAAUCUGUUGCGCUGUAAUUUUAAGGACAUACGAAAACUGUUUCCCAAGCUGAAGGUGCUUGAGCUGGAUGCUACCCGCAUCGCGUACAAACAGCUUCCGAACGGUGUAAAACCGAUGGCACAUUUGCAGCGCCGAUUGAAGGAGUAUUUGUCUGAUUGUUGCGUGACGGUAAAUCCUGCAUCGAGCGCGGAGCUAGUGAGUACGGUGCUAAAGAUGGAAGAUGAACGACGAUGGAACUUGCAUCUAAUCGAAACAGAUGGUAUAAGUAUGGUAAAGUUGAAGAAAAGCAAAUAAUUUUUUUAAAGAGGUAGGUAAGUAUU